GAAAGGCCAGGGGGUGGCCCCGUCCUCGCUGCCGGGCUUGGGUGGGAGGAGUUUGGCGGUGGCAGGCACGGCGGAGGAGGCGGCCCAGGGCUCGGGCGGCUGGGAUGGAGCAGAAGCGCCCUGGGUGCCGAGGAACACACAGCUGACGGAGUGGCUUCGCGUUCGCCUGGCUUCCUCGCCCGCCGCCCGAGCCGCGCGGGACUCACAGUUCCCAUCGCAGCCCACCGGGCAGAGGAGGAACCAUCAGCGCCCCGUGCGCUCGGUCAGUCCCAGCAAACUCUCCCGCCGCCUGCGCCGUGCUCGGCACCAAGCACCAGGGUACCAUGGUCUGCAGGAUUCUCUUCGUUCUCUGCAUCUUCACGGCAGGACUGAGGGUACAGAGCGUGCCUACAUCAACCCUCUUGCCUGUUUCUCUUCCGGCAAAGACUACCCCAACAAUGACCAUCUGGACGAGCUCCCCACAAAGCCCUCCUGCCUCCCCUACCAGUGGAACACCCAGCAGCUCAGCAGUCCCAGUUACAGUGCCAUCGGUGCAGACAUCUCUACUCCCCAAGAACGUUUCCAUAGAGCCCAGUAAACAGCCCAGAGGACAGGAGACCACCAGCCCAACUUCGACUUGGGAAGGCACAAACACAGACCCCUUAUCAACAAACAGUGAGGUCCACUUAACACCCACACCCACAGAACACAGCUCGGGCACUCCCGAGGCAAGUGUGCCAGCUACAGGGUCGCAGUCCCCUGCUGAGUCUCCUGCAGUCACCUCCCCCCAGACUCCAGCCUCAUCGCCCUCACCCCUACCAACCUCACCAGCAGACGUUUCUUCUACCUCCAUCAGCACCAACCACAGCUCCACUGAGACCACCACCAAGCCCACAGCAGCCCCAACCACACCAGAGUCCCCAGCAGAGGAGCACAGCUCUGGCCACACCCCCACUUCACAUGCCGCGACGGAGCUGGUGCCCAUGGAGACAACGCCCCAAACAACUUUGCCAGCCAAAGUGACCUGUGUUCUGGUGGACAUGGAGACCACCACCACCUCCCCCCGAGUGAUCAUGCAGGAAGUGGAGCACGCGCUCAGUUCAGGCAGCAUCGCCGCCAUUACAGUGACCGUCAUCGCUGUGGUGUUGUUGGUGUUUGGAGUUGCGGCAUAUCUGAAGAUCAGGCAUUCCUCCUACGGAAGGCUUCUGGAUGAUCACGACUAUGGGUCCUGGGGAAACUACAACAAUCCUCUGUACGACGACUCCUAACAAAGGAACGUGGCCUGGGAUGAGGAAGAACUGCUCUUUAUUUAUAAGUGCUUAUCCAGUAGAAUUAAUAACAAGUAUCUGACAUGCAUCGAGCGACAAUCUUAAGCCCUGUUUUGUUGGUUUGGUUGUCUUGUUUUCCUCCCUCUCCUCUGGCUGCUACAACUUACCCUUUCUGGUACAAAAAGAACUAUUAUUCGAAGGUGAGUGGAGGCUGAUUUGCAGCUGACAUGGGCCAACCUUGAGCCGGUGGCGCCAGACUACCUUGAUGGAGGCUUCUGUACCCACCACGGGACCCACAGCAAGAAGGACAGAGGGAGAGGAAUUGAGUUGUUUUGUUGGGGGUUAAUUUUGGGGAGAGCUUUUUGUUUGUGGUAUUUCUGAAACUCUUCUUUAGGAAAUUACAUUAAAUCUCAAUGAGAGGAAAGAAAAUGAGUACUGGGAGGAUUUCGCCCUGCAGGUGAAGAAGCAGGGGUUUCUCAGAUUCCUUUUAAAUCUCUGUUUAGCUCGUGGUGUCUGACAAGAUGCCUGCUUGGCUCUGUACAAGCUGGAUCCCAGCUUCUUAGCUGCCUAAUUAAUGAAAGAGGAAACUAGAAAGUGCCCAGGAGGAGGCCUGCAGGCUGAGGAGCAGAGGAGCAGGUUGCUGCCAGAUCUCAGCGUACCCUCUACCUGUUCUCCCCCCACCCCCACCCCCGCCACCUGUCUCCACGAAGGAUGCCUGUCCCAGUCAAUAGUAGCUGGGGUCCCAGCGCGCACGGUUCCACAAGAGAAAACUCUGAGAUGAGCUUAGUUAGAGAAGCUGGUGGAGUACACAGCAGGGGGAGUGGAGAAGGGAGGGAGCUGACACACACUGAGUACCUCAUUAGGGAAAGUGAGAAUCUGUUCUCAGUAACUGUCAGAGGCAUCCACCACUUGGAGAAGCCCAUUGAAUCCUUGCUUUAAACCCACAAAGCAACUGGUUCACUGCCUUACUGUCUGUUGGAUAAUGGCUGUAAACUGUUUUUGAAAAAAAAAAAAAAGGUUUUUUUUUUAAGACUCUAGUCUAUCUGCAGUUGCUCAGUGAGGCAUUUCCAUAAGAAACAGACACCGUGAUUAAUCCAUUUAUUCCUCCUGUACAUUUAGCUUACUAAUUCUGCCCUUUAAGAAAUGAAAACCCCUGGUUAGAUAGAUAGUCUUAAAAUCCUGCAUAAUGAAUUUUGAGAAAGAAUAAUCAUUUUUGCAGGUACCCAUUUAUUAUAAUGGCUCUCAACCAGCAGGCAAUUUUGCAUCCCCGCCCCCCGCCCCCCAAACUCUCCACCCCUUACACAUUUGAAAAUGUCUGGUGACAUUUUUAUUGUUACAACUUGGGGGUGUUACUUGUGGGCAGAGGUCAUGGAUGUGCUAAACAUCCUACAAUUUACAGGAUAGCCACCCACAACAAAGAAUUAUCUGGCCCAAAGUGUCAAUAGUGCUGAGUUUAGAAACCCUAAUAUAGUGCAGUGCCCAUUGGGACAGAACAAGACACUCCCAGACUUUUAACUAAAUGAAAUGAUUUAUUAAAUGUUUAUCCUUUUGAAUUUGUUGGCUGGUGGGUUGUUUGGGCCAUGCGUGGUUGCUUUUUUAUUUCUUUGUGUGUUCUAGAUAGGCUUAUUUCAUGGCUAUAACUCCGUCCUCUUGUAACACCUGAUAUUAGCAACUUGGCAUCUGAUGUCUUGAUUUCACAGAGUAGAAAACAUACACUGGGUCUUGUUUCAAAAUGGGUUAUAUUGUUUGACAGUGUCAUAAAGAACUUGAUACUGGUCAAUUUUUAUUUUUAAACUUGGACCUGCUGCCACGACUCUGUUUCCAGAAACUUGACUCUCAGCUCAUCCUGUCACUUGCUGUGGCCCAGCCAAGUACUGACAUGUAAGCCACCAUUGCCGUGCUGUCCUAAAUCCUCUGAUGUCAAAGACACCAGUAUCCAAGCUAUUUCCAUACACCUGCCAUCCCACAUUCUGAAAAGAAUUUAUUCCUAAACUCCUUAGGUACCAAAGGAGAGUGAGCAACCACCAGAGGUAUUUUAACAACAGGAGUGGGUAACAAGGAGUGGAAUUCUGAUAUCUCUGAUUACUUAAAACACAAACAAACAAAAAACAUGGACAUUCUCAGGAAAAAAUGGCCAAGAAUGACUGACAAUUCCCCCUCUGGCCAAGCUUUACCUAAAUAAUUGUCCCUGUUCCCUACCCUUACUCCCUGCAUAGGUUUUCAGUUUGGCAAAGGAUGAUUUGAUAGAAACAGGACAUUCCAUAUAUAUUUUUCUCCCUCUAUAAAACACAUUUUGACAAAAUGUCCAUGAAACACCUUUGAUGAGGUGCACUUCUGGACAUUGCUUCCAUCAUAAAUCCUGGGUCAGAGGGACCAGCCUCUUCCCACGGAAUCCUGACCAAUUAUAAGCCGUGGACCCAGCCGGCGCCUUUCCUUACCAAAGGCUACAAUUGUGCAAGAGCACUUGAUGCAUUUGUUGCUCUUAUUAAAUUCCCAAUCCUUAUGGCAAAGACAGGGAUCUGGCUCUAAAGCACAUCUGUUCAGCAAGGUGACAGUUUCCCAUGAACACUCUUAACAGUCCUUGUUACGUUACUAUAAAAUACCAAUGGGUGGAACCUUAUUUUGCCAAAUGCAUUUUUUCUAUUUUUGAGUUGGCUAAAGGGUUUUAGCAACUGAAGUCAACAAACAUUGCUACACACACACACACACACACACACACACACACACACACACACAGAUACACCUCUGAAAUAUAUGUGGGUAAUUGAUAACCUUUACCUCAGGGAGUCUGUCCAGCUCUACCCAAGGGAAAUGGCUCCAGUGGAUGUAAACAACCACGUACCAUCCAGGGACAGGACUAGUUAGAGGGAAUGUCAGAGCAGGAAGGAGGCAAGCAGCCUCUUCUAGACGAUAGUUUGCAAAUGAUAAAACAGUGAAAUUAAAUUGUAUUCUUUUUCUGGGGGCCCCAAUGAAGUCUCCUGCCCUUCUUGGACACCUGUGUCGUCAUUUCUUAAAUGGGGGUGAUGCUUUCUUACUGGCUUCACCCAUGCUACCUCACAAAUGUGUUGUGAGGAUUAAUGAAACCAUGUGUACAGUGUUUUCAGUUUCUGCAGAAAAAUAUUUAUAGACAUUUUAAGUACUUUAAGUAUUACAUAGAUAUGUAAGUGAUCUCAGUUUCUUGUUUGUUGUUAUACUGGUGUGUUGUUUUUACUGAAAUCUAUAAAAAGACAGCUGUGUCAUAGCCACAUCAGACAGCUGUGACAGCUUUAGGCUACCCCCCAGUGCAGCUGACUGACUGAGGGUGAACUAUGCCUGGGACCACAAAGUUUAGUUUCCAUCUCCACGUGAAGGAUGGCCUUGGACAUGGGUCUCACAGGCUUGAGUUAGGAUCUAGGAGGUUAGGGUAGCACAGUAUAGAUACCUGAGCACUAACAGAAACAGACCUCUGGCCUUUACCAUCCUGGGGUCUGCUGGCUUCUUUGUGGAGUUGAUUUUGGUUUGAUGGCAUCUGUUUGCCCUCCAUCAUGCUUGCAAGGGUGCAUGGUCCAAUCCCUUGCAUCUGGGAAAUGGAUUUUGCAACUGGGCCAGAUGCAGAUUUGCACGUUGAUUCACCUUAUUUGCCUUUAACGUCUUUUUUGGCAAAUGAAUGUACCAUUUCAACUUUGAUUUUAAAGUGCUACUUGCUAUUGGUAAUAGUUGUUAACCAAGAGACCAAUGCCAGAUUGCUUUCUUCGAGUGAGUUAGCUGGCAUUAUUUAAAGAUGGAAAGGCGUGCAACUUCUUUGAUAUUUAAUGUAAUUGUAUCUACAUUUGUUGUAAGAUGUAUUGCAUACCAAUUAUAAUUAUAUCAAUUAAAGUUGUUAAAGCUUGUGUCUGA